AGACCGUGGCUCAAGGGGCGGCCAUUGAAGCGGCAGCAAAACCGGACUGGAGCUCUCCGAAGCUCCGCCGAAGCUCUGCCGCUGGAAGCCCGAGCAAGCGAUGCCCAAGAAAGAGGUGCCACAGAAGCCACCUCCCAAGGACACACAGAUCAAAGAUGUGGUGGACGGCCUGGCCACCUUCAGGGCUGAGCUGAUUGCAAAGCAACAUCAGCUUCUGAAGAGCUUGGAUGCAGAACUCGAGAAAGUGAAGAACCUGUCACCGUCCCCGGCGCCUCCUACCAUCCACAAGUCUCCCGCCCUGCUGUCCCCAGUGACCACUGCGCACGCAGCUUGGGGCGAUGGCAAGCAGGUGAGCCUUCCAGGCGCACCAGAUGAUGACCAUGAACAUGAAGAGAACCAACAGGACACGGUGGCGGAUGAAGCGGAUGUCCUCGAGACCUUCGACACGAUCCCAUCCGUUCAGCAGAUGCGCCGGAAGAAAAUGCCCUGGAUCCACAAGCAAGCCUCCAGGAUGCUGGAAGAGGAGACGGACGACAACCCGCGGGCCUUCUCGCAGCUGAACCAGGAGUAUGCCACAAACCGCCUCAGGAAAACCGCGCUGGACGACUUCGGGCCUGCAGUGGUGGAUGUUUACAAGAGGGACAGCAGGUGGACAAGAAUUGUGAAGCAUCCCUACUUUGAGCGCGUUGGUUUGACCAUGAUCUUUCUGAAUGCCUUGUGGAUCGCUAUAGACAUUGACUUCAACAACGCGCUGAUCAUUGUGGACGCAGACUUUGGCUUUAUUCUUAUGGAGAUCCUUUUCGGGCUCUAUUUCAUCACGGAGCUUUCUACCAGAUAUUUUGCUUACCUAAGCACCCGGCUCGCUCUCAAGGAUGCCUGGUUCGCAUUUGACCUGAUGCUCGUAUUCAUCAUGGUGACUGAGACUUGGCUGAUGCCCUUGAUCGACAUUGUGAUCGAAGGUAUUGCGGGGAGCGGCACCGGCUUUGGGCGAAGCGCUUCUGUGCUCCGCGUCUUAAAGGUUCUUCGGGUCCUGCGCACGGCGCGGAUCAUCCGAGUUGCCCGGUACAUGCCCGAGCUGAUGAUCCUCAUCAAGGGAUUGCUGGUUGCCGCCCGCUCUGUCUUCUUUACCCUGGUUUUGCUCCUGUUGGUGACGUAUAUCUUCAGCAUCACCUUCACACAGCUCAGUCAGGGAACACUGCUUGCGGACCUUCAUUUUCCCACGGUGCCCAUCUCUGUGCUCACACUGAUCAUCCAAUGUGUGAUGCCGGACCAGGAAGGUUUUUUCCGCGAGAUUGCGGCGGAGAGUUGGGUCAUGGGGUCCAUGGUGCUGGUCUUCAUCAUGGUGGGGUCCCUGAUCAUUAUGAACAUGUUGGUGGGAGUGCUGGUGGAGGCGGUGCAGACAGUGGCCACCUGCGAACACGAGCAGAUCCACAUUGACUUCGCCAAACGGGUCCUGUGGGAUAUGAUCGACAAGAGUGGCGCGGACGAGAAUGGCGACAACCUCAUCUCGGAGCAAGAGUUCGAACGACUGAUGGAGAUGCCCGAGGCAUUGAUCGCCUUGAACCGCCUUGGUGUGGAGCUUUAUGCGGCCUUGGAGUAUGGCAAACUCUUGUUUGAAGAUGGCCAGCCUCUGACCUUCGCCGAGCUGCUGGAGGGGAUUCUCAUGCUCCGGGGCUCCAACCAGACCACAGUCAAGGACAUAGUGACGCUGAGGAAGUUCACUGCAGAUGAGUUCUCGCACUUGCACACCGUCCUGGAACAGAUGUGCUCCUUCAUGGCCGGCAACAAGACUCCAUCGUCGCCGCUGGUAAGGACACCAUCCAAAUUGGGAACAGGAGCAGCUGUCCGCGGAUUUGAUGAAGUGUAAACUUCACAGAUCCAGCUGUCCAUCAGGUUGUGGAGACGGCCAGGCGCACGCCGUUUUUUCCCACCAGUUGUGUUGGGGCUCAAGCCUUGAAUGGAAUCCUGGCCAUGUCAAAGACAUGGCCUGUACUAGUGAGGCGGUUGUUAACUCAACCUGUUCAAGGGCUCUCAUGGGGUCGGCAACCAGCCAGUCCUGAAGCUUUACUGGCUUGGCCGAUCCUGAUGUUACAUGUUGCCCACAUUCUCACCCGACAACGCUGCAUCAGCACUGAGCUUCUUCGGCAUCAUUGUGUUUUUUCGUCUCACACACAUCACUUGAGGAUUGAUGCGAGGCACGGG